AUGUCCAAGGUGGCCAAGUACCGCCGGCAGGUGAGCGAGGACCCCGACAUCGACAGCCUGCUGUCCACACUGUCGCCCGAGGAGAUGGAGGAGCUGGAGAAGGAGCUGGACGGGGCGGACCCCGACAGCAGCGUGCCCGUGGGGCUGCGGCAGCGCAACCAGACCGACAAGCCGUCCACGGGCGCCUACGACCGCGAGGCCAUGCUCAGCUUCUGCGAGGAGACCACCAAGAAGCUCAUCCGCAGGGAGCUGUCCCUGGACGUGGACGAGAGCAAGCCGGCGGCGGCGGAGACCAAGGCGGACGCCAAGAACGGCCGCGGCGGGGCGGCCGCCGGCAGGAAGGGCCUGGGCCCCCGGCAGGACUCGGACGCGGGGCGGGGGCCCCGGCGGGGCGUCCUCAAGAAGGCCUUCUCCAGGGACGACGCCCCCGCGGCCGCCGCCGCGGCCCCCGCGGCCGCCCCGCCGCCCCCCGAGGAGAAGCUCAUCCGGGGCAUUGGCCGGGGCCGCGUCCGCGCCGCCGUGGACAAGACGGAGGCGGGCGGCGGCGGCGGCGGCGGCGGCGGCAGGCGGGCUGAGGGCGAGGCCCCCAGGAAGGAGGGGGAGCCGCGGGGGGCGGCCAGGAGCGCCGGCCUGAGCAGGGGCCUGAGCAGAGACAAGGGCGAGAAGCCCGAGGACGGGAAGGGACGGGGCAGAGGCGAGCGCUCGGAGGCCGCGGGGAAGGAGGGCCUGGCGGGGAGCCGGGCGAGGAAGGAGGAGAAGGAGAAGGAGAAGGAGAAGGAGAAGGAGGAGGAGGAGGAGAAGGAGAAGAAGGAGGAGAAGAAGGAGAAGAAGAAGGAGAAGGAGAAGGAGAAGGAGAAGGAGAAGGAGAAGGAGAAGGAGAAGGAGAAGGAGAAGGAGAAGGAGAAGGAGGAGAAGGAGGAGGAGGAGGAGAAGGCCGCCCGCGAGGCGCCCCCCGGCCCCAGGGCCCCCGCGAGGCCCGAGGGGAAGCCGGCGGCCGCCCCGGGGACGCCCCCCGCCAAGCCCCCCGAGGCGGACGGCGGCGGCGGCGGCGGCGGCGGCGGCGGCGAGGAGGCGGCCCCCAGCAUCUUCGACGAGGCCCUGGAGCGAGUACGGAGCAACGACCCCACCAUGACGGAGGUGAACGUCAACAACUCGGACUGCAUCACGCCCGAGGUGCUGGUGCGCUUCGCCGAGGCGCUGGAGUUCAACACGGCCGUGCGGGUGUUCGCGCUGGCCAACACGCGGGCGGACGACCACGUGGCCUUCGCCAUCGCCAUCAUGCUGCGGGCCAACCGCGCCAUCACCAGCCUCAACCUGGACUCCAACCACAUCACGGGCAAGGGCAUCCUGGCCAUCUUCCGGGCGCUGCUGCAGAACGCCACGCUCACCGAGCUGCGCUUCCACAACCAGCGCCACAUCUGCGGGGGCAAGACCGAGAUGGAGGUGGCAGCUCUGCUCAAGGACAACACCACGCUGCUCAAGCUGGGCUACCACUUCGAGCUGGCCGGGCCCCGCAUGACCGUCACGCACCUGCUCAGCCGUAACAUGGACCGCCAGCGGCAGCGGCGGCUGCAGGAGCAGCGGCGGGCGCAGGAGGCGGCGGCGGCGGCCGCGGGGGCCGCGGGGGCCGCGGGGGCCCCGGGGGCCGGGGCGGGGGAGGAGAAGACGAAGAAGAAGCUGCUGGAGGUGCCCAAGGUCAAGGUGGGGGGCGCGGCGCCCGCGGCCAAGGGCCCCUCGCCCGGCCCCGCGCCCCCGCCAACGGCGCCGCCGAAGGCCCCCGCGCUGCCCAAGAACUCGCCCCGGGGAGCGGGCGCCCCGGCCGCCCCGCCGCCCCCGCCGCCGCCCCUGGCGCCCCCGCUGGCCCCGCCCCUGGCGGUGGAGAGCCUGCGCAACUCGCUCUCGCCCGCCACCCAGAGGAAGAUGGGCGACCGGGCCCUGCCCGCCCAGGAGAAGAACUCCCGCGACCAGCUGCUGGCCGCCAUCCGCUCCAGCAACCUCAAGCAGCUCAAGAAGGUGGAGGUGCCCAAGCUGCUGCAGUAG